AUGUGGAACGUGUGCUCAGAAGGAUCAGAGCGCAAGGCGCACGGUGGCUUUCUUGUUGCCCCUACCUUCCUUCUCGGCUUCUCCCCUCUCUCUCUCCCUGGUGGCACGCAGAUCAUGGUGGCGAAGAAUUCCUCCUUCCGGAAGGACCAGAACUCGAGGCGCACGGUCAGCGUCUGUCUGUCCUUCUCUCCCUUCUCCCCCCUUGAACGCCCGUCUGCACUCACCCCUGUGUCUUCGUUCCAGAAGGAUCAGAACUCGCGGCGCACGGUGGACUUCCUGGCGAACGGGCUGGUGUUCUCCGAGGGCGCCUUCUGGGCGCGGCAGCGCAAGAUGAUCACCCCCGCCUUCAGCCCCGCCUCCAUCAAGCACGCAGUGACGGUAAUGAACGACCAAGCACGCAGGGCAGUGCAGCAGUGGGUGCACGCAGUCACCCACGCCCGCGACAGCAACGGGAGCAGGAGCGACAGUGGCAGCGGCGUGUGUGAGAUUGACAUGUAUACCGCUUUCACCUCCCUCACUCUCGACAUCAUCGGCCUUGCUGCUUUUGGCAACACCGUCAGCAGCAGUGGGGCGGGCAUGGGUGGCGGUGAAGGUGAUGCCAAGGAGACGGAGGGGAAAAGGAGUGUGAAUGGAGGAGAGGAGGAGGGGAGGAGUGUGAGGGAGGUGUAUGAGGCGGUGGCUCUCCUGAGCACGGGAAGCACCAAGAGGAUGUUUUCAGGCCGCCUCUUCAUCCCCUUCUACACCUGGCUGCCCACGCGGGAGAACAAGGAGCUGCAGCGGGCAGCGGAGAAGGUCAGGCGCCUGUCUCUCGACCUCAUUGCCACGCGCAGACAGCAGCUGAAGAGCGAGCCGGGGAAGGACCUGCUGGCAGUGAUGCUGGCAGCGAGGGAUGACGUCAGCAACGAGCAGAUGACCGACCAGCAGCUGGUGGACGAGUGUGUCACGUUCCUCGUGGCCGGCCACGAGACAACAGCCAAGCUGCUGACGUGGGGCGUGUACCUGCUGGCGCGCUUCCCUGAGUGGCAGCAACGGCUGCGGGAGGAGGUGUGGCAGGUGAUGGGGGAGCAUGGCGAUGCAGGUGAAGGGGCCAAGGAAGGUGGAGAGGAAGGGGAGAAGGAGGAGGGGGCGCGGGGCAAGAAUGGAGGGGGCGGAGUGGAGGUGGCAUGGGAGCAAGUGGCGCAGCUGCGGCAGAUGCACAUGGUGCUGCUGGAGACGCUCAGGCUCUUCCCACCCACGCCUACCAUCACCAGGGAGGCCAGCAAGGUGAGGCCAGCAAGCACGACCAUCAUCAUGCACCUCGCCAUGCCCUACACCCACCCUUCCCAUCCUUUUCCCCAUGCAUUCCUUUCCCCAUGCCUUCCUUUCCCCAUGCCUUCCUUUCCCCAUGCCUUCCCAUGCCUUCCUUUCCCCCAUGCCUUCCCAUGCCUUCCUUUCCGCCAUGCCUUCCCAUCCAUCGUUUUCCCUAUGCCUUCCUUUCGGCCAUGCCUUCCCAUCCUUUUCUCCACGCCUUCCCAUCCUUUUCCCCAAGCCUUCCCAUCCUUUUCCCCACGCCUUCCCAUCCUUUUCCCUAUCCCUUCCUUUUCCCCCAUGCCUUCCCGUCCUUUUCCCCAUGCCUUCCCAUGCCUUCCUUUCCGCCAUGCCUUCCCAUCCAUCGUUUUCCCUACCAUUCCGCCAAGCCUUCCCAUCCUUUUCCCCACGCCUUCCCAUCCUUUUCCCCAUGCCUUCCUUUACCCCAUGCCUUCCCCCAUGCCUUCGCCAUUGCCGCAUUUCCCCAUUUCCCGUGCCCACCAGGACGUCUCCCUGGGCCCGUACAGCAUCCCUGCCGGCACGCGCAUCAUGAUGUCGCUCGCCAUGCCGCACAGCGACCCGCGCUACUGGGGGGAGGACGCGCUCCACUUCAACCCCGCUCGCUUCAAGGCUCACCCCACUGCCGUUCAUUCCCUCAUUGCCCUUAAUCCUCCCUUGCCCUUCAUCCCCCCCCUGCCCAUCCUCCCCUCACCAUGA